AUGGCGAGGACCAAGCAGACAGCGGCGAAGAGCACGGGAGGUAAGCGUCCGCGGAACCAUCUCGCUCUGAAAGCUGCGCGCUUCGCCAGCCGCGACCACUUAAUGUUCGAGCUCUCAUCUCGAACAGAUGUAACCAAGGUUUCCAAGACGGGCUCCAUCUACUAG